GUCUCGACGCUGCUUUUCCUACUAGCAGCCUGGCUAGUGUUGUCCAUUGGCUCGUGCGUUUCAUUUGAAUUUUGCUGCUGCUGUUGCAGCCGCGCACGGAAGAAGAGGAGACGGAAAUUUGAGCAAGAGCAACGGCGUUUUCGAGACCAAGUCGCGCAGAAUGAUUAUGAAUACUCGGUGCUGCUCAUGAGUCUGGCGGAUUUGAUCUUGCAACCAGACUUGCUAGUCAGCCUAUGCUUGUUAAAGAGUUGUGUGAGAUCCACUGACCGUGUGAAGGAAACAGAAGUUCUGAUGCAAGCAUUUAUCUUGCGAAGCCAGCUGCCUUUGUUGGAGAGUGAGCGUCAGGGAACUCGAUUUGUCUUCAAGCUCAUGGCUACGGAAUACUCUGAAGGAAUCGCAAGCUCCAAAGGGAGUGGAUCGAUCUUCCAGCGCCGAAAGUUUUUAGUGCGGCAUAGUGCGGCUAGUAUGGCGCUUGCUUGCUUCUAUCCAGUCUCUGAGCUUGAGGCUCAGCUCGACAAGCUCACCCAACACAUUGCAGCACUGCCUGUUGAGAUCGUGAUCUUGUGUCGAGCGUGUGCCAAGUUGUGUAGUGGAGAAGACGACAACCAAAACCGUGAAAUGGAGUUGGAUGCGGUGCACCUCGUCUUCUUCAACCACUUCAUAGGUCCAGCGUUGCUAUUCCCACGAGAGUGCGCAAUUGCUGCAUGCCAACGCAAGUACAAGGAGGUGCUGGAGACUAUUUCUUGGUCUUCAAUAGUCGCCAGCUCUUACGACCCUAGCGAGCCAAAAUCUGACGUCGACUGCGAGCUCAUGGGCAUGUGUCUUAUGAACAUCCACAGUUUGUUGGACAGCUACUUCCCCGAAUUCCAAAGGACACUGCUCCGGGUGCAAACUUUAUCGAACUCGGAGCAGACAGAAGCCACGAUAGCCCGUAUCACU